AUGUCGUCCGUAUUCAGCAGUGGCGCCUUCGAGAUGGACCUUGCUGCGAACCAUCGCGCCACCUCUCGUGAUUAUAAUGAUCAAGGCAGCAGCAAGGCGAGAGACGUCGAUGACGAUGAUACUCGUAGCCUGCUCUCUCUCUUGACCUCGGACGUCAUGCCUGGCAAGGGAACGGGCGCAAUGGCAUUCCCUAUGCCUCCUUCCACUCUUCCCAUUCCCUCGUCGGCUGCUCAUGCACUCGCUCCCUUUGCUUCAUCGUCCGACUACUCUGAUGGUGCAGCCUCUUCUGAUACCGACGCAUCACAUAUCAAUAGCCUCUCGAGUGAUGCAGAGGCUGGGCCCUUUACACCCUUGACGCCCAAUACACCCGGCGCAGCGCCGAGGACGAGGAGAAGCAGGACGUCGAGCGACGGCGCCGCUGUCACUCGUGGGCGAGGGCCUUCUUCGUCUUCCUGGACGGUUACCACGAGCACCUCGAUCCCUGGCUCAGCCCCUAUGAGCAGCUCAACGAGCAAUCCUUGGCGCCCACGUCAACUGCAACUGGUACAUCGCAGAGAACGCCAAGGCCCAACGUCACCCUCGCUGUCUCCUUGGGCUGCUUCAGAGUCAUCGAUUCGAUCUAACACGUCGAGUGCUCCUUCGACUUCGGCGCCCUCAAAUUCCAUGGGACUUGGUAUUCAGCUUCCCAAAUCACCCGCGAUAGGUUCAAAUUUCCCUGUCAUGGGUCCCGGACGACCUGACAAGGCGGCUCCUUCUGCAGCUGUCAAGACUGCAAAGAGUCGCAAAAAGCUUGGGGGAAAGGGACAAGGACUCAAAAAGCUGGCAUUAGCUACCAGCAGCAGCGGCUCGACGAGCCCUCUCCUCGCUACAGACAGUCGUUCGCCAACGCCCAGCUCUCAUCUCCUCGGCUCGCCUUGGCAGAGGGAUCACGCCAGCGAAGGCGAAUUACUUUCUUCUCGCCCUUCAUCCCCGGCCUUUGCCGCUGGCGGCUGGACUCCGCGAUCUCGACAAGCUUCUGCCGAUUCGGCCAACAAGUCGCCUCUAUCCGUCUUGCCACGCACACCGACUUUUGCGACAUCGGGCGCUGAUUCCUUGAGUUGGGCACGAGAGCAAGAGGAGCGAGCGCAGAGGGGAACAACGAUACCCCCGCCGCCUCGAGCACAAGAGGAUAUCGUCGAGGUGACCGCGCCCGGCUGCUCGUCCGUUCCUUCACUAGACUCUGAACGUCAUCACAGGUCCGACUCCAUGACCUCGAGACAGUCGACCUCGCCCUCUCGCAGACGCAAGAAGCCUCCAACGCCGCUUAUUCUUCUGCCCAAUGGCCGACAAGCAAGUCUCGCCUCUUCAAGUGGACUGCUCAGCGCUUCUAGCUCAGAUAAGUCGCCCACUCCAUCUCCUACACUUCUCCCGCCACUGCCUUCAACUGCCAAAUCCACCUUCUCAGCAUCACGUUCGACUGCCGACCAUCUCGAUGCCUCUGGAUUGGCGCCAGCUACUUCUCUCCUUAGCCCUGCUGGCACCGAUUUGACAGAGAGCUUUCGAACGCCGACAUUCUCUCCGCCGUCAGCGAAAGCGGCGCAGCUCGACCAAAAGACAGAGGGCGGUGGUGAUAUUGUCUCUACAUUGAAGCCGAUACAGGCAACUUCGGAUGCGCUCGCCCUGCCCUGCGCCAAACGUGCGUCGACGCCAUUAAAGACUGCCUACUUCGAUCCUGAGGAGGCAGAUGCCAGUUCGCCCAGUGACUAUGGCGAUGGUGAGGGUGAGGAUGAAGCAGAAGAGACGGCCGUGUCGUCAUCGUACUCGACCGCAACAGCGCCUGCAAAAGCGCUAGAGGACAAUGUCCCCCUGAUCUUCCGGCGCAUGAUGAAGAACUUUAGAUCAAGCACUCCUCCUGACCAAAGGGAGCCCAAUGGCUCGCAAGCCAUUCUCUCGCAGUCGACCUCCGACACUCUCCCCUCCCUUCCUUCACUUGCUUCUCUGCUGGGAUCCUCUUCAUCGACUUCUUCGCUGCUCGACAGCAAGGGGCAAAGCGAAACGGCCGAUACCGCUAGCACAAAGCUCACAUCGUACGAUGACGUGCGUGAACAUGAGAUGGCAGAGAUGGACUGCGAAGAGGACGAGAGCGAGUUGUUCGUCGGUGUCAACGUCGAGAGCAGAGCUCAAGAAGCUGCAUCGUCUCGAGGCGAGAGUCCCCCGGUGGAAGACGAGCAGAUGCCGCAACUUGGUCUCGGUAUCGGCAUUGCCGAUACAUCGCAGGCAGGCUCGACCUACUCUGAUCUGCAUCUCCCGGCCGCCGACAUUUUCCCAGACAGCAAUGGCCAGUCAAACUCGCCGUCCCCGGCUGAUCAGUCCACGUGUCGCAGCGCCUUCGAAUUCGACUUGAUAGGCGAGAGCGAGCGUGCUGUGCUAGCUUCGCCUGCCUCGGACCAAAGCCUGAAUGCAGAUGUAUCAGAGCCAUCGCGCUACUCAAUGCCUUCGGCCGUUCAAGACGAAGCGAUAACCGUCGACUUCAAGGGGAGCCAAAAUGAGCAGCCGCCGGAGCUGCCGAAGCAGCAACCCAGAGAGCGCAGCUCUCCUCACGCCGGGCCCUCCUCGGUGUUGCCGGAUUCUGAGGUGACGGUCACGCAAGGGCAACUACCAGUGGCGUCGUCUGACCGUCUGGCAGCGCCCGUGACUCCGUCAGUGCAGCCAUAUCAGUCUCCGGCCUUGGGUGAGCCCCCUCACUUCAACACGAGUAUCUUCCGUGCCCCGCCUACGCCGCGGCGCAAGGAUUUCGACGAGGAUUUGGUGGCGCCAAAGGAGAGUGGUCCUUCCAUGCCGUCGAGUCAAUCCAUUGAAUCGCUGCAAGAGCCACUUCUUCCAGCGUCGGCAGCCAACGUCGACUUUUACCAGCAGCAAGCAAGGCCAGGCGUUCGCCGCCCGACGUCCACGCUCCACAUGCAGCCACUGCACCUGCUCUCUUCCUCUGCUGCUUCAAAGUUGUCAAAUGGUGGUACGAAUGCAUUGCCAUCAUCGCCAGGAGAUGGCAAGCCUCAGCUCUGGCUCAACACCCUCGCGCCGCCAGUCUCGCUGCGGCCUCCACAAGCUCAGAAGAUGCUACCAGUCCCGUCGCCGACGGCUGCAUUCUUCCCUCAGUCGACUACGCCUUCAUUGUCCCCUGCGUCGACGCCUCACAGCAGUUGCCUUGCCUCAGGCCAAACGCCGCCCAUGUCUUCACAGGCCAGCCGCUCGCAGAUGUAUUUUGUUGCCCCUCGGUCGGCUCCUCUUCCUCAAGGCGCCUUCUCUCCAGCGAUAUCUGCCACUCCGAACGUGAAUCAGAGGUCUGUCUUUGAGGACUGGGACGACGACGUGGUGUCGACAAAGGCGCAGAAUGGUGGUCUUACCAGCAGGUGGUCCAGCGGCUCCGAGUCUGAAGUCGAGGCAACGACUGCAAAGCGGUCCUCUUCCAAAAGUCGCAAGUCGGCGAGCAAGAAGCGCUCAAGCUCAGCAGCGCCAUCUGCAAGGAACAGUGUAUCCAGUCAGGCGGGGGGUGCCGCAGCAGGCAGCAGCACCGCAGCCCUCUCGAAUGUCCGUCCAGGUGCGGCGCAGCUGCCCAAGGGGAAAAGCUUCUUGCACUCUCUUGGCCUGCGCAAGAAGAGCAUGCCCAACCUGCGCGACUCGGCUGUGGCAACUGCGACGACUCGUUCGAAUUCUCCUGCGACGCCUGGCCUAGACAGCCCCGCUCUGCCUCGUGUCAGCACAGCGGAAGGCUUUCCCUUCCCCGGCAUGCUCCCGGGUGCGCCAAAUAGCAAGACGACUGAAAUGACUGCAGUGCCUCCGCGGCCGCCAUCAUAUCAAUCGCGAUCAUCGACGACUACCUCAGCUCACAAGAAGCAGAGCCCUUCGAUCUUCAGCCAGCUCUCUGCGCCCUUGAACCACAAGCGUAGUACAGCGAGUCUCAAAUCGGAGGCCGCCGGCAGCCGAGGAGGCGUCGGCCAUCGCUCUGCUCUCAGCAUCAACGAAGUCAAUGAGCCUCCAGCUACGCCCACGAUGGCGCAAGGAGCGCACUCGCCGCGAUUGAGUCCCAAAAAGGAGAAGACGUCGAGCGCGACAUCGGGUGGCACGGGAAAUCUACACGCUCGCAAGAGAAGUGGGACGUUGAUUGCGCCUAUGGAUGUCGCAGGGUCUCGCUCUUCCUUGAAGCACCUCUCAAAGUCUGCCACCGACCUUCCCUUGAGCUUGCGUCAAGCUUCGGUGGACAUGCUCAGAAGUCAGACUGCUGGUGAAGCUUGCUCGCCUUCGCCGGAGGAGGAAGCGACGCCUAGGGUGGCCUACAUUGGCCUUGCCGAUCACGACGCUAAGGAACCAAAUGGCGACGUCGACGCUGUGAAUCCUGGGACUGCUCCAAGAGCUGGUGAUGACGAGCAAGACUCACAAGCUUUCAUGGCCAUCGGCCAGGGCUUUGUCGACUCAUGCUUCUCUCCUGACGCCGAGGCCGUGGAUCCCCUUUCUACACUGCGAGCCAGCGGUGUUCAAGGCCACUCGCUCAGGAAGCGCCUGCCUCGGCGCUUGGCAAAGGCUCGCAAAGCAGCACGACUCGCUCGAGGGCAGGACGUGACUGCUCACUAUCCAUCCUGGUCAAAGGAGGGACAGUAUUGGCUGAGAGAGCAGAACCUCGACUCAGCCGAGGGACUGUAUGUCAUUGCAGCAAGCCGAGAGCAGGACUCAGGCGUCGCUGACUACAGAGGCUUCAGCGACGGGAGUCAGAAAGCGGACAAAGACGAUGACGACAGCGCAGAUGAAUAUGGCAGCGGAGAUGACUACGCCGGGGCAGGUCCGUCUAAGGGAGGUGGUGGCGGUAACGGCGGUGAUGGUGGCGAUGGUGGCGACAGUCGAGGCAAUGGACGUGAGGACGACGGCGACGGCAACCGUCGCUACGAAGUUGCAAAAGAAAGCGAUGCGAGCACGUCUGAAGACUCUGAGGAUGACUACGGCGAGGAUCAAGACUCUGAUGACCAGCCGCUCGGGCACAAUGUCGGCGAUAUCGGCACCCUUCAGCGCCGACUGCAGCGUCAAGGCAAACAGCGGCGUGAGCACGGGGAGCGAUCCAGCCGCACCAAUGCAGCACAGUCGCAAGGCAAGCUCAUUCGUGGCGCCCUAGACGGCGGCGAGCUCGCCAAUCGCUUGACCAGCCUCUCGCUGCGCCGCCAGCAGAGCCAAGCCUCGAGGGCCGCGCCGCGGGCCAGCGCUGUGGACGAUGCCAGGGCCGAGCGUAUCAGUCGAGCCCGGUCGCUGGCCAACAGAGUCCGCCCUCGACUCAGCUCGGAGACGGCACCCCCACCUGCACCGCGAUCGCGACGAGGCUCAGAUGCUGCCCAACGAGGCGGUCAAUCCGGCCUCACUUUACCUCCGAUCAAGACCAUGCCGAUGGUCUCCGCUCAAGCUGCUGCGAUGCAAGGCUCCCUCUCGGCGGGGGCAGUGAGCAACACCGCUGCCGUCCACCAGGCUGCAAUUGCUGUCGCGUCAAAGGCCGCUCGGGAUGGUCGCAUUCCGCCGGAAGCCGUUCCUGCGCAGGCCCAAUUUUUUGCAGCGCAAGCACUCGCUGCUCGCUCCCUCUCUUCACCGUCUCCUAGCAGCGAGUCUUCGCCGCCCACGCGGACUGUGCAUCGCAAGCCUCCUCCAAGGGCGCAAGGCACCCUCGACGCAGGGUCAUCGCUAGCAAAUGGAGCUCAACGACGACCGUCUGUCAGCUCAGCCACAAGCGAUGUCUCUCGACGCGCGCGACCGACAGGCCUCGAUGUGCGAGUGACGGCGCCAAUGUCUUUGGACUCCCCUGCCAGCGAUGCGUACGAAGACGCGCUUUCGCCUCGCAAUGGCGAGAGAGAUGGCCGCAACUCGGAGCGAUCGUCUGCGGUCGAGCGACGCGUGCAAGAGCAUCGCGUCUACAUCGUUACUCGACAGCGUUAUUCGCACUGCGAGGUGCCCAUCCACGGUCGUGCUCGCGACGUCGUUCUCGACGUUCUGGAGAGGGAGACGGUACAAGCCUUACCUGGUCGCGGCGGUUGGGCGCUGUUUGACGUUUCACCGGGGCUGGGUACCGAGCGGCCUCUGCGCGAGUACGAGGUGGUUUCAGCUGUUGCUGAAGCUCGUCCGGACGCUCAGAAUGACUUUUUCCUCCUCAAGCAGACGGAGCUGUCCAUCUACGCUUCCAUUCGGGCGGUACCCAAUGUCUCGCCUUCACUUGCCGGCAACGUCUAUUUGCAAGACAAGCGGGGCAAGUGGAACAAGCGCUGGCUCGAGUUGCGAGAUCACGCCCUCUACCACGCCAAGUCGGAUAAGGGCAAAGACGAGGCGUUCCUCUGCCAUCUCUCGGCCUUUGACGUUUACCUGCGCCGAAGGCGUACUCUUUCGCGCUAA